AUGAUUUUUCAAAGAACGAUUGCUUCUCUAGUUACUGCUCCGAUUACUCAAAAUAUUGCUCUGAUUAGGAUUUCUGGUCCGCAAACUUAUCCAAUUAUUAGCCGAAUUUUUGAUCGGCUUUUGCCAGAGUAUCCCCAAGAAAGACCGCAAUUGAUUUUUGGUCAAAUUGUUAAUUCUCAAAAAGAAAUUAUUGACCAAGUCUUACUCCUUUGUUUUUACAAACCUAACUCUUUUACUGGCGAGGAUGUUGUAGAAGUUAGUUGCCAUGGAAAUCUUUUUUUAGUUAACCAAAUAUUACAAUUAAUUUUAGAGAAUGGAGCAGAGUUGGCCCAAGAGGGCGAGUUUACUAAACAAGCCUUUUUUAAUGGAAAACUCAAUUUAGUUCAAGCCCAAGCCAUUAAUGAUUUAAUUCGGGCUCCCAGUUUACCAGCGGCCAAAUUGGCCCUCCACAAUUUAAGUCAGACAACCCAAAAAGAAUUAGAAGUAAUUGAAAACGAGUUAUUAGAAAUUAUUGCCAAUAUUAAAGUCAACAUUGAUUAUCCCGAGUACGACGGAGUGGAAUACCUAACUGGAAAAGCAGCACUUUCGCGUUUGAAUAAACUAUUAAAAAAAUUAGAGAUUAUUAAAAAAAGUGGUCAAAAAUCUCGUGUCUACCAAGAGGGAUUAAGAGUUGCCAUUGUCGGGAAACCAAAUGUUGGUAAAUCUACCCUUUUAAAUGCUCUGUUGCAAGAGGAAAAAGCCAUUGUUUCGCCGAUUGCUGGCACUACCCGUGAUAUAGUGGAAGCCCGCUAUAAUUUAAAAGGUAUUCCUCUAACUUUAUUAGAUACCGCAGGCAUUCACGAAACUCAGGAUAUAGUGGAAAAAAUUGGGGUAGAACGAAGUUUACAAGCCUUAGAAAAAGCCGAAAUCAUUUUUUUUUUGGUGGAUAAUUCCUGCCCGUGA